CAGGCCGAUAUGAAGAUGGAGCUGUGCAGCCUCCUGACCUGCGCUGUGCUGAUGCUGGCUGAUGCUGUUCAGGCCACGUACCACCUCAGGGCGGGGGACCCCCGGCUGGUGCCCGCACAAAGUUACGCUCAGACCAGACAUAAUGGUCAACCACCGCACAGGACCCUGUCUCCACAGAAUCACAGAAGUGAUUACACGUAUAGAGGAGGGUAUCACUACCGCUACCAGCCACCAAGGAUCCCUCCGCCGAUAGUGUACCGACCGCUAUCUCCACCAGUGACUUACCAUAGACCCCCGGUCCCCGUGCCACCCUACCACCACGGGUUCAGUGGGCCGGCGGCACCACACAUGCAUCACAUAUACAAAGGUCUCUCUCCGCCAGUUGUUCAUCCCCAUCACAAUGUAAGAGUCCCUUUCCAUUACAAAUUCAAACCUCCAUGCCCGACAAAGUCAGUCCCAACAACACCUACCGUACUGCACCCCCCUGUCGUGUAUCCCACCUUACCUGAGCCAACAAUGCCGCCGACUCUGGCAGCAACUCCGGUGGCACCAGUGUCAACCAUCCUGACCACUGUGGAGACCCCUGCUCCUGUGACGCUACCGGUCAGUACCCAAAGCGGCUUCGCCACCAACACCAGUCCUGUGGAGACAGAGACAGACUCUCAGUGCAGGAGCCGACCCCUGGACCUGGUCUUCAUCAUCGACAGCUCUCGGAGCGUGCGUCCUGCGGAGUUCGAGAAGGUCAAAAUAUUCCUGGCUGACAUGGUGGACACCCUGGACAUAGGCUCGGAUGCCACCAGAGUGGCUGUGGUCAACUACGCCAGCACCGUCAAGAUCGAGUUCCUGCUCAAAGACCACUUCAACAAGCUCAACUUGAAGAAAGCCCUCUCCCGCAUCGAGCCCCUGGCUGCGGGAACAAUGACCGGCCUCGCCAUCAAGACUGCAGUGGACGAAGCUUUCACCGAGCAGUCUGGAGCUCGGCCUCGCUCCAGGAACAUCUCCAAAGUGGCCAUCAUCGUGACAGAUGGGAGACCUCAGGACCAGGUAGAAGAAGUGUCUGCUGCAGCUCGGGCCUCGGGCAUCGAGAUCUACGCUGUUGGGGUGGACCGUGCAGACAUGGGCUCCCUGCGGCUGAUGGCCAGCGUCCCUCUGGACGAUCACGUGUUCUACGUGGAGACCUACGGCGUCAUCGAAAAGCUCACCUCCAAGUUCAGGGAGACGCUAUGUGGUGUGGACCCCUGUGCCAUGGGACACGACUGCCAACACUUUUGCGUCAACAGCAACGCCUCCUAUUACUGCACGUGCCGGAAAGAUUAUAGCUUGAACGCGGACGAGAAAACCUGUUCCCUGAAACAGGUGAAGGUGGAGGUGUUGGAGGAUCCCUGUAAAUGUGAGGCCAGACUGGCUUUCCAGAGGCAGACGCAGGCGACCAUCCAGCAACUCGCAGCCAAACUAGCUGACAUAUCUGGGAGAAUAGAGCAUCUGGAGAGCCUGUUUGCUCGUGCUUGAAGCUUCACACAACGAGGCGGCUGACUUCCAUGGACUACUGCAUCAUGCACAUGUGCUCCCAUAACUACUGUACACAUUUCAGCCACAGAGUGAGCGGAGAUACAUAAACCAACUAUUAAGUAAAAACAUCUGUAAUUAAACUAUUAUAAUUAAUUGAACAUUGUUUGACGUACAAAAGCCAAGGAUUUGGUUACUAUUGCCUCCAUUUUGUACAAAAGUGGACAUGUGUAUAUAGGAUGUCGUGUUACAGCGCAUCCACCAGUAAAUGUUUUUAUAUUAUUUACUUUUUGCUUAUCUUCUCUAUAGUAACCUGUUAGAAGUUUGAUAUAUUGCUUAAAGAUCAUAAAUGUUCAUCUUUUGCAUAUUUAACUAUUAUGAGACAACAUGAUCAGUAAUGUCUAUAAAUGUAACAAGAAAAACCAACAACAAUAAAAUCAA